AUGACUACAUCAACUCCGAGCGCAGACCCGACCGCAUGCUCGUUCAUCGGGAUUGUGGAUUUUACGGAAAAGGCGAACUGGGUCUAUUUGUCAGAGUCAUCCUUCGACCUACUAGGCUUUGAGCCUCAUGAGCUCAUCGGUACCUCCUCGCUGAAUCUCGUUCACCCAGACGAAUUCCCUCGGGUAAAGCAUAUGCACUACUCGACAAUAUCUCAAGAUCAAGCAGCGGUGCUUGCAUACUUGCGCAUGAAACACAAAGACUCGGACAAAGGUUAUAUCCUUUGUGCUAUUUCGCGUACCGUCUGCCAGAAUGUGCUCGUAGGCAGUGUUUCCUUCGCCUCGCCCGGUCCCAAGGCCAUGCACAAUGCCUCCACUGCGCAGGAAAUAACAAUCAUCACUCCCACCGCGAAGAACUUCGAGUUCAGGCGGUGGAAUGAUCCGAAUCCGAUGCCUCCUGACUCUCCUGCACAUACCCCGUCUUCAGAAGCCUCAAGCCCUACCAGCAGUAGGUCGAGCACACCAGUCCGCGAGCACCGCCGUGCCUCGCCAAUCCACUUCGAUCCGUUACCCGAGCAGUCCGUCCGAACUGCCCUCAUUCUCGACAGGUUCUCCGUCAACUGCGGGAUCCUGUACUGCACGAACGACAGCCUCUUGUCCACUACGAAGGCGAUGGGCCGGAGCUUCUUCGACUUCGUCAUGAAGAAGGACGAAGAGCUUGUACGGAGCUGGAUCGAUGUGAUCAAGGGCUGGGGGGUCAACGAGCGCGGGCAGCCCAGCGAUGGCGGGUUUGGCUACGGCAAGUUUACUGUCUGCGUGGAAGGGAGGGACUCGAGCGCCCGUCAACCGGAGGUUCCUCCUCCCGCGCGCCAACGCCGAGGCACCGUCGCCGCAACGCGUGAGACACAUACGCGGGCUCACGGCGCACCGGCAGGACCAUCGCGUCCACAUCGCACUCGAGGGCGUGCAAAGCACGACGAACUAGUGGUUGACGCAAUAUUCUCUGCCCACUCCGACGGUCUCAUGGUCAUCCUCCGAAAAUCGGUGUUAUAA